AUGUCUGAAUUUACGGAUUUCGAACCAAUGUUUCAAGAUACGUAUAAGUUCAUAUUGGAUCGUAUAAAGUCGAAUCAGAUUUACAUAAUGGAUGAAGAGUCACUGUGGAGGCGCUGGUGUUGGGUUAAACUGGCCGUGAACAUCCUGGCGGCGAUCAGCCACACGGCUGGCGUCUUCGAGAGGUUCACUCAGGGAGCUGACCUGGUGCAGUUGUCCACUGAUUUGUCAGCGGCACUUAUUCUUUGGCAAGCGUCACUUUUGUACAUACAAUUAUGUCUAAACCGAAAGUUGCUAAAGAAUCUGAUUCUACACAUGGGAGCAAAAUGGCGACCCGACGAUCAGAUGCGCUCGGACAUGGUCGCAGUGAAACAUGAGUAUGUCACUACUUUCCUCAAAUGGAUAACAAUAUUUUACAAGAUGGUGUCUACCUACGUAUUUCUGUACCUAAUGCCGCGUUUAGCGUACACUGCCGUGAAACAUUUCAUCUUGAAGGAUAAUUCUCCUUUCGUGAUGCCGUUCUACGUGAAGAUGCCAUUCAAAUACGAUAACAACUUUUUGCUGUACACCCUUGUGUAUUUGGCCGAUUAUAAAAUCUUGAACGAUGUAAGCAACCUAGUUACCUUCGACCUGCUAUUCAUGAACGCGGUCCUACAUCACCUCCGUCUGAUGUUCGUGAUACUGCAAGACGACCUUAGGGACGUGGCUGAAGAGAGAGUAGAACAGGCGGAGAAGACAUUGAAAAAACUCAUACCUGUUCACCAAGAUUUACUCCAAUUGAUGUUCGAGGUUAGCAACGCUUUUGGUGCCAUCUUCUUAAUUCACUUGGCUUUCUUUUCCGGAACCAUGUGUUUCUUUGGUUUUGCUGCUCGGGUACAUUGCAGCCCCGAAAGUAUUAAGAACUUGUUGGCAGCGAAUAUAAUUUUAGUUUGCAUUUAUACGUGUUGUUAUUUUGGGCAAAAUCUUACUGAUGCGAGUGUUAACAUCGCCCAAGCGGCCUAUGAAAGUCAAUGGCAACUCAGAACACAAGAAUACAAAAAAUGCAUUCUCUUUAUCAUGCUUAGGUCGCAGAAGGCUCAGUACAUCAGAUCCACGAGUUUCACCGACGUAUCGCUGCAAACUUUCACUAAGAUAUUGAACGUGACCUGGUCGUUCCUGUCACUCAUCACCAAAGUAUAUGAGGCCUAAAUAAUCAGAGAAAAAGUACAUCGCAUAAGUACAGUCUGUCUAAAUGUUAUGUUACAGUUCAAUUAAAAAUU